GAAAGAAAGAGAGUGAAAAAGAGAGUGAGAGCAAAAGAGAAGGAGAGAAAGUUGGGUGUCUGCGGGUGCAUUACGCUGAUUGCUGUAUUCGAACGUGCCCCUUUUCUCUCCUGAAAUUUUUUCUCUACGACCAAUUGGUAUGUAUUUAAAAAAAUAUGAAUGGGUUGGAUCACCUGAUAUGGGAGAUUGUUCAUUGUGGGUUCGAUCAGCAGCACUUGAAUUUGACGAUGGAUUGUGGCAGUGUCAAGUUACUGCAAGUGACUUUACUGCUCAAGAUGCAUUAACUUCCGAAUCAGCACGGCUUGUUGUACGUGUAAGCCCUCAGCGACCACAAAUAGAGUAUGCAGGAGCUGUUAUUUUACCUGGUGGAAAUGUUACUGCACGUGCAGGUGAAAUAGCAACAUUAACUUGUACAGCUCGUUAUGGAAAUCCUCCACCUCUCAUUAAAUGGUAUUUGAGAGACCAAGAGAUUCGAACUUUAAGACCACAAGUAAAUGCGACAGAAAUUGAUAAUGCACGAACAUGGUCAACUAAAAGUGUUUGCGAUAUCGAAGCUGAUCGUUCUCGAUAUGGUCAAGUAAUUCGAUGUGAAGCCAAUCAUCCAGCAUAUCCGACUUUAACUUCUAAUAUUGAAGUGCGAUUUGAUGUUACAUAUGCACCAGAAACACGACUAGUAGGAGUUCCAAUUGGACAGUUAGAAGAAGGACGAGAUAGAGUAGAAAUUCGUUGCUUGGCAAACGCUAAUCCAACUGCAUCAAUUCUAUGGAAACGGAUAAAAGGUGCAGACAUGGAAGUUGUGAGUAUUGGUGAGGCUUUAAUAUAUUCACCAAUUCACCGAAAUCACGCUGCUACGUAUGUUUGUCUCGCUUCCAAUACUGAAGGCGAAAGUAGUCCAGUAUCUAUCCAAAUUACUGUCAAUUAUGCACCAAAAAUUGAUUCCGUCGGACCGGAUCGAUUAUCAACAGCUCUACUUUAUUCAGGAGCGUCAUUUGAGUGUAAUGCAGAUGCUAUGCCUCCCGCUGAUUAUCAAUGGCAGCAAAUUUUCAAUGAUAAUCGACCACCAAUCGAUUAUGGAAAGGGUCAACGAUUAAUCUUGACAAAUGUGACAUAUGAACAACAAGGCCAAUAUAUAUGUAUUGCUUCGAAUACGAUAAAUGGCAAGACACGACAAGUUAAAAGCACUCCAGUAACACUGGAAGUUGUUGGAGCACCAAAAAUAAUAAAACCAUUGAACAACGAAAAAUAUGUGAUAUCAACAACAGAGACAAGUCCUGCUCGACUGGAAAUUAGAUUAUGUUCAAAUCCAAAACCACGUUUAGUUGCAUGGGAAUGGGGCAACAGCAUAAGACUUCAUGCAGGAGAAGUAUUGGAAUCAAGAUAUCGAGCAUUAGAUUUGGAACCACUGCCAACAUUAGAAGAUUGUUUUAUAGCAAUUUUAGAGCUUACGAGUACAGUAAAAGAAGAUCAAAGAUUAUAUUACGUAAUAGUGGAAAAUGAUCGCGGAAGUGACAGGCGUGCACUCAUGUUACGAGUUGAUGACCCAGACCAAAUACCACUGGUUAUUGGUGCCGUCGCAGGGUUUACCGUCAUUUCAGUAAUGGUAAUGGCAUUUAUAUGUUUUCUUCGUUCAGAUAAAUGUUGCGCUUCCCAACCAACCACACUUCAGCCAGUUGAUUGUAACAAGUCUCUAAAUACUGUAGUAGUAGAUGACUGUCUGAGAAAUACUGCCGAUAAUUCAAUUACCGAAAAACGUCAUAAUCAAAUAUUGAAACCUGUUCCUACACAACAACAACAACAACAACAGCAACAAUACCUACAACAAGACUGUUUUCAAUUUAAUGAAUCUCAUUAUCAAAGACAACAACAUCAUUAUAGUCAUCAACAAAUUCAUGCACCGCAAUAUACAUUACAGACGGAACAGCUAUUCUUGAAACCCGAUCGUUUGGCAACAUUGAAACAUCCAUCAUCAUCAUCGUCGUCAAACAAAAAAGAAAAAACACCACAAUAUGCAACAUUCAAACCAAAUAUGAAUCGUUAAAAGUUAUUUUCCAUCAAUUAAAAUUGAAUUACGUCUAAUCAAAAUAAAUAUUUGUAUUGAUAAAUUUAUUAAAAACAUGAUUGUUUAUUUAAUGUUGUAUAAAAAUGGUUUU